AUGUCGUUACUGAAUAAGAAAAAGAAGUCUUUUAUUGGAGUACCUGCUCCUCUUGGCUACGUACCCGGUCUUGGAAGAGGGUUCGUAUUUGAAUAUAAUUUCUGAAUUCGUGUACUAAAGGAAUCAAAAGAUGUCACGCUUUUCAUGCCAGUAAAGUAAUUUUGUAACCGCUCUAAGCAACAAUGUGCUUGAAUUUCGCAGUGCUACUGGCUUUACGACCCGGUCAGAUAUCGGUCCUGCUAGGGAUGCUACGGAUAUAAGGUGAGAAUCUUGCCAAACUUAUUCAGGUGCUUAUAAUAUGAACAUGAUAAUAUGAUCAACAUGAUGAUUGCAUGAACGACAAUAAAAAGUUGUAUAUGAUAAAUUUGGGUAUUCUCAUUACUGGCUUGCUGGAUAAUGUAAGGAUAUUAUAGGGAGAAAUUACGUUUUAAUCACUUCUGGGAGUUAAAGGGACAGCUGAAAUAUUAUCAACCUAGAUGGGGGAGUUCUUCCUCAACCCUGCGUGUCAUGUGUUUGCCUCUCAUUAUAUGUUGUAGAUUAAUACUCUCAUUUGAAUCAACAGUGAUGAGAGGCAUGGAAAACCAGGCUUUGCAAAUGAAAAGAAGCCUCAAGAGGAAGAUGAAGAGGAAGAUUUGAAUGACACAAAUUAUGACGAGGUACAUCAACAAGGAUAUGCAUAAUUUUGUAAUGUUAGCUAGGUUAAGUGCACUAGGGGUCACUAUGUGGCAUUGUUUGGAAAGAACAGGUGGAAAUAAUAACCAGAAAAGUUGUGGGUCUGGGCCCAGUUGUUUGAAGGCCAGUAAGCACUAACCCAAGGUUAAAAUUGAAUCUAGGUUUCUUUAUUCCUUUAUUCAAAAGCCUUUUUGGGAUAAUUUUCUGUGUUCUUUAAGAGCAUCAAAGAGCCAUAUUUUAGACAAAAAGAAAUUCGACUGAAUUUUCUUUUAAAGCUUUUAGAUCUGAAAUCCCAGCUUUGAACAACCUGGCCUUGGCUGACUUGAUAUCUGAUCGUAAGACCUCACCAGCCUUUGUAAUGAGUCUAAAAAAUCUGAUUUAAAGUAAAAUGUUGUCACAAAAAUGUUGAUUGUGAUAACUGUGAUAAAAGUUUGCAGGAUAUGGUGGAAGCUUGUUCUCAAGCUGUCCUUAUGAAAAAGAUGACGAAGAAGCAGAUGCCAUUUAUGAUUCCAUUGAUAGAAGAAUGGAUGAUAGAAGAAAAGAGAGAAGGUAUGAUGUUCUACACAGAGAAUAAUUACUUUGCACAGUUUAUAAAUUGUGUGGGUGUUCUUACUGGAUCCUCUUAAUGUGGGUGGUUAAGUGUGAAUUUUUUUGGCUUCAUUUCCAUUUUAGAGAGAAACGUUUUAAGGAAGAGAUUGAGCAAUAUCGUCAGGAGAGGCCUAAGAUUCAGCAGCAGUUUUCUGAUCUCAAGGUAUUAGUUUUUGGUGUCGUUUUUUGAGUAUGAUGGCAUGGUACAUAUUAAUAAUAGAAUUUCUGAGGGUAUUCAAAGCAACCAGUCAGAAAUUGGAUUAAUGCUUGCAUCUUUGUUUUCAGCGGAAACUGGGUGAGGUAUCUGAAGAUGACUGGCUGAGUAUUCCAGAAGUUGGCGAUUACAGAAACAAGAAGCAGAGAAAUCCAAGGACAGAAAAGUGAGUUGAUUAUUACAGAAUUCACCAUAGAAAACUCUGUAUAACUUUUUGUUAAUGAUUACAGUGCUCUUUUCAUUCUUUUUACACGGUUUUUUUUUUGACAAUUCUCCUGUAGAUUUACUCCAGUUCCUGACAGUGUCCUGCACAGCGCACUGAUAAGUGGCGAGAAAAUAACAACUCUUGACUCACGACAACAGGUAGUGGAGAGUGUAUAGCUAAAUCAAAUUGUUUUUGCUGCAGCAGCAUAUUUAUUUUAUGUUAUUGGAGUAAAAACUUUUAUGUGCAAAUAGAUGCCAGCUUUCCAUGAGUGUAUUCAACUGAUGGAUCUGAUUCCAUGAUUUUUGCUUUUAAAAGAUUAUUUGGUACAAAUGGAAUAAGUGUUGACUCACAAUUCUCUUUCUUGUCACAACAAAUCAUCAUCCUGAGUGCACCAUAAUUUCUCCUUUUUUUUUUUGCAAGAAAUUUGGUGGUUUCCAGACUCCUUUCCCUGGAGGGAUCACACCUGGAGGAAUGACAACAGGUUUUUCAACACCAUCAGCAGAUCUUGACUUGAUCAAAAUUGGAGAAGCUAGAAAAUCACUUGUUGGUGUUAAGCUAGAUCAGGUUUGUAACUGUUUGAGGUAUUUGUAUGCCUCUUUGAUUAGAUAUUAACUGUUUAACUCCCAAGAUCUGAUUGUUAAUUCUCCUCUCUAGCUGCUACACAUUUCCUCAUAAAUUAGUUACGACAAUUUGGUUUUAGAUCAAGAUGACAACUUCUACCUGAUAAGUUUGAGUAUUCUCAUUACCUGUUUUCUGGAUAAUGUAUGGAUAUUAUUGGGAGAAGUUGCUUGUUGAUCACUUCUGGGAGUUAAAGGGUUAAUACAUUGAAAAACUCAUAUGUGGCAUUUGUUGAGGGGAUCCAUGCACUUAAGUUUGUGUCUACAUCGGGCAAGGUGUGAGCUUGACAUGUUGGGCCUGAGAAACAGUCAAGUUGCAGUGUAUUUACUUUGCAGGCAUCUGAUUCAGUGAGUGGGCAAACAGUAGUGGAUCCCAAAGGUUACCUAACUGAUCUUCAGAGUUUAACUCCUUCCUCUGGCGGAGAUAUUGGGUGAGUAAUAGUCCUGUUUUUGUUUGGUCAUCUGAUGUUGUUCAGUAUGCAAAAGAGUGAGGGCAGUAUUAAGCAUACAGAUUCCAUGAAUAUUUCUUUGAUUUGGGGUUGCUGUGCUUUUACAGUGACAUCAAGAAAGCGAGACUUUUGUUGAAGUCUGUGAUCACCACCAACCCACAACAUGGACCAGGUUUGUAACAUGUUUUUAAAAAUGAAGAAAGAUGUUCAACAUUUUUCACAUGCCAUUUUGGGCAAACAUUUAUUCCCCUUACCAGAUUUUUGCCUCUGACUGCAUUAUUCUUUUUUUUGUUCUAUAAAAAAAUUCAUCAUGUUUAGAAUUGCAGUGUAUUUCUUGAUAUUGAUUUCUUCUCGCGCAACCUUAAAGUCAAGACUUAUCUUUAAGAUUCAUUUGUUCUCAUAGCACAGAUGCUGCAGGCCAAUCUCAUUUUAAACUUGAAUCGGCAAGAACCCAGAAGAUCGCACGUUCGUGCUUGUUGCGAAAUUUAUGACAAAUUAUUUGCACUACAAGCAUGCGUUUGCGUGUAAUCCCGCGGAGCGUGCGUGCCGCACCUGUGUAACGCUUGAGAAUACCACGUGCUUGAUGUGCGUGUCAUGCGCAGGUACACUAGAGUGGUACUGUAACUGCACACUUUCCUUAGGUUGGAUAGCUGCUGCCCGAUUGGAGGAAGUGACAGGCAGCAUGCAAGCUGCACGAAACACAAUCAUGAAAGGGUCAGAAGUUUGCUCAAAGAACGAAGAUGUGUGGCUUGAGGCUAUUCGUCUGCAGGUUUGUUUCUCUUUCCAAGUUUCAAGUUUCUAAUCUUUGAAAGAUUAGGAAAAAGUUGAACGAAGGACCUCCCGACCCUACCAAAAGUACAUUAUCGUAGUAUGGUCUUGUGUUUUGUGAGAUAAGGAUAUUUUCUCGCGAGAAUCACUGAAAGUGCACAUUUGAAAGAAAUCCUGAACAACGACGGAUGGCAUUAGAGCAUAGACUUGCGGCCAAAUAACGUAGUUGGUAAAGGGCUUUUGUUUUGCAACGUUCUGCAGCGAGUGUUUAGGAGGCCAAGGUAGAAAAGUUUGGGAAGUUCUUGUCUUGAUUAUUUGUUACUACAUGCUAGCCUUUUUGAAACCCUAUCUUGGUCUUGAAGAAUCUAUUCUUGAUCUCAUUCCAACUUACCGUGUUGCAAAACAUUUUAACACUUGUGCAGCUUCUUGUCGAACAGCAGAGGGGAACAAUCCCUUUUUAAACCACGAUAUAUAUGUUUUGAUUGGUGUGAUAGUCCGAAAGAAAAAUGGUGUAGAUGUUAGCAUUCGAGCUUCAUUUGUUAUAAGAGGACCAGUGGUGAUUAAAUUAAAUCAUCAAGAUUGAAAAAAAAAAUGUAGGAAGAUGUUCUGACAAUUUUAGGCCAUCUUGACCCGAUGAAAAAUGUAAGUUGCUUUAAUAUGUUAUUGUAUAUUAUUAAAGCACUAGUGUCAGACAGGAGAUGUAGAUGCGCUUGAAUCGAAUAAUUUCUUAAUCUCCUCUUCGUAGCCCCCCGAGACAGCCAAAUCCGUUUGCGCUCAAGCAGUUGGUCAGCUUCCUCAGUCUGUACGAUUGUGGAUCAAGGCUGCUGCUCUUGAAGAUGAGACUAAAGCAAUGAAGAGAGUGUACAGAAAAGGUAAGAGAAGGAAAUGAUCCCAUCUGCAGGUAAAUUCCCUUUGCCGUAUUUUCUACUAGUAAUUGCUUUCGAAACUCAUCACGCGCGUUUGUCUUAAAAAAAAAACAAAAACAACAACACCAACAACAAAAUAAAUUAAUGUAAGACAAAAACCGCCCUUUACAUCGGGAGUGAGUUAGUCGUGAGACAAACAUUAUCUUGUUAACUCACAAUGAAUAACCACGGUCUAUUUGUUUUUGUCGGUGUUUCUUGUAGCUUUGGAGCAGAUUCCAAACUCGGUUAGGAUUUGGAAAGCUGCUGUUGAGUUAGAAGGACCUGAGGAUGCGCAGAUUAUGUUAAGCAGAGCAGUAGAAUGCUGUCCCACAAGUGUUGAGGUAAAGGUCUUCCUUAUUCCUCAAGGCGCUCAAUAAUUAAUUAUCUAUUCCGGUCACCCUAGAGGACAAAGGAAAGCAUCUCACGGAGUCAACGAGAACUGAAAGUAACUAUGAGUAACCGACUUAAAGCGCGGGAAAACGCGGGUGGCCAAGCCGCGUUUGGUUUUAGAUUUGCUUCUGAUUGGUUGAGAGGAUGGGAUUGGUUACUUAUCUCGUCUAAUCUAGUCCCUAUCCCAGUAAAUGUGAACUGUCAAAAGUUAUUUGCAGGUUUGCUGACCCCGUCCGUCUCUCGGAUCAUAAUUUCACGAGAAAACUGGAAACAACUCAUUUGUGUCUGUUUUCUUCAUAGCUUUGGCUCGCGCUUGCGCGACUGGAGACUUAUGAAAAUGCAAGGAAGGUAGGCAACACUUAGUGUAUAAAGAAAAUUUAAUUUAUUUUAAUGCAGCUGUAAAGCUGAGCAUUGUAUUUCUUACGCCUUGUGUUAUAUAUGUUUAUGUAGGUUUUGAACAAAGCUCGUGAGAAUAUCCCAACUGACAGGCAGAUUUGGAUAACUGCGGCCAAACUGGAAGAAGCUAACAGCAAUCUUCCUAUGGUGGAGAAAAUCAUUGACAGAGGUACAAACCGACCUAUAAAUACGUAUUUUCCAAUUGGUAAUUAAUUCAAGAAAUGAUAUGCAGUAGAACUUUCUCGGGAUAGCUCUUUUUUCCGGGUCGGAGUUGUUUGCUAUGUUUUCCAUUGAAAUUUUGCGCGCGAACUGGACGCGUGGCUGGCCGAAAUUAAUCCCCUUGCGCAGGCCUUGAUGUUCAUUUGACCGCUGCGUUGAGGAGAGGCAGCACUCUUAGUUACUUCAUGCCACGAAAACCGAAAUAUGCUGCAGUGGUUAGAGCCUCCUGGCUGGUGCGUAAGACCUCGCCUUACCUCGUUACGUUGUCAAUCCUCUGUGAGCUGUUCAGUUUCACAUGUGCAUUCUUUGUUUCUCUUCAGCUGUAACGUCAUUGAAAGCUAAUGGCGUGGAAAUUAACAGGGAUUUGUGGAUAAAAGAUGCGGAGGAAAGCGAGAAAGCAGGCAGCGUGGUCACAUGUCGAGCCAUUAUGUAAGUAAUAACUUUUGAGGAGUUGAAGCGGUUCGCGAUCGAGUGUUGAAAAGUUAACACCAAACUAACCAAAUAGGCUAAUAGGAACGAAGGAAAAUAUCGGAAGGAGCUAAGGAGAAAUUAAAGUAAAAAACAAGCAAAGUACCACAUGUGUGGGAAAACGAAAUAUAUUCUUUCUUGAGAAGAGUGCAACUUAAAAAAAAUAACCGUUUAAUGUCGCCCUAAAUCCAUGAAUUUUGUUUUCAGAGAUACUGUUAUUGGUAUUGGUGUUGAAGAGGAAGACAGAAAGCACACUUGGAUGGAGGACGCAAAUAGUGUAAGUACAAAAUCAAAUCAGUGCAUUUUAUAUCACAUAAUUAUCCGCACAUUUCUUUCGUUGGAGACGUGCUACCCUAGUGGUAAGCAGGUUUAAAUCUGGCCGUCGUCAAUUAAUUUUUUCACUCAGUCAGGAGAUUGAAUGUCCGCGAAACUGGGGAUGUACUUUCACGGACCAACAGUCGUUCUAGGCAGCACUACAAGUCACUCCACUCUACUGAAACCACAAUAAACUCGCGCAGCUAUACAAACCUGUUUAGUAGCUGGAGUUGAUAUUUUUCACCAAUCUGCUGAUGAACUUUUUCUCUAUCAUUUGCUAAUUUUGAGAGCUGUCUUUUAUUUUUUUAUUUUUUCGCAGUGUAUCGCCAAUAAUGCAUUUGAAUGUGCAAGAGCCAUCUAUGCGCAUGCUCUGUCCGUGUUCCCCAGUAAAAAGAGCGUUUGGCUGAGAGCUGCACACUUCGAAAAGAAUCAUGGGACGAGGUAAGUGAUUCGUAACCCGUGAUCAAAGACACGUUUCUCAAAAGACCCUGUAACUUUACAGGCCCGACAGCUGACUUUUGUUUGCCGUGUUUCACUGAUUCGAGAUUGAGUUAUUGACAGCUCUGAAAGAGGAAUAACAAGAUUAUCAGGAAACGAGAAAGAAGAAUGACUCUGUUUUAAAAUCGUGUUACUUUGAGCCCGUGAAUCUACGAAGACUCGGGCCCCAGGUCGAUGAUUCUUCUUACAGCUCUCCAUACCGAAAAGUGGAGGGUAAAGGAGAAUGCAACCAGCAUUAGACUCGUGCUCCAUGUUAGUCACGAGGGUCUCGUUUUAGUUACGUACGAGGUUUCGUCUUGACAACUUCUUUAAUUGGGAGAGGUCUUGAUUCAGAUUGUUCAUUUUUGAACGGAGCAAAAUGAUGAUGAUAGUAAUAAUAAUAAUACAAUAAUCAUCAUAAUAAUUAUAAUAAUGAUUAGUAUAGUAAUAAUGAUUAUCAUAACAGUAAUGAUAAUGAUAUUGAAUAAAAUUGUCUGCGUUAUUCCUUGCAAGUCUAGUUCAUAUCAUAGUAUCUUUCGACUCAGUUAUUGCUUGUAAAACAUUCUUUAAUAUUUUCACCCCCGUUUAAAUCAAUGAAAUGUUCUUAUGCAGGGAAUCUUUAGAGGCUUUGUUACAGAAUGCUGUCAAGCAUUGCCCCAAAGCAGAGAUACUGUGGCUCAUGGGCGCUAAGUCCAAGUGGAUGGCUGUAAGUUGAGCUCGAUUUUUAAAAGCCCAUUGAUCUGGAAGAAGCUUAAUAUGCUCCACAGUUUUAAACAGAUAUGAUAAAUUAAGUUUUCACAAACUCGGAACAAAGCGAGAAGAGCGCGCAAGUUGAACGCGCGAAGUGAGCGUGCGAGGAUAGCGCAAGGAGUGCGACCGUAAAGAGUGCGCGUGUCUCGCCCCUCGCGCGUCUUCCCGUAGGCUGGGAUGUAGGAUAAAUGUUUGAUGAUGCCUAGAUGCCGUACCCUGCAGCUUCACCACUCACACACCCCGCAUACUAUUAUUAACAGUUCUUUCGAUUUUACAUUAUUUCCUAGGGUGAGAUCAAUCAAGCUCGUUCAAUCUUGGCGUUGGCUUUCCAAGCCAAUCCAAAUAGCGAGGAGAUUUGGUUGGCGGCCGUCAAACUGGAGAGUGAAAAUAAUGAAGAUCAGAGAGCCAGGUCAGCCGUAGAUUCGCUAUUUAGGAGCAAUUUUCAAUCGAGUGUCGAAAAUAUUUCGGGAAUGCUUACAUUUUCCUUUACUUGCCCAUGUGAUUGGUCUAAAAAUCUCGCACCAUCCUCUCAACCAAUCAGAUCCAGAUUUAGACACGUGUUUUCUGCUUUUUCAUUGGCUCCUGUGGUGUUUUCCUUUCUUGUUGCUUGGCUAUUGUUCCUACUUUAUGUAGGUAUCACGAAACUCCCUCGAAAUGAGCUUUAUUUUGUCAGAUAGUAGAGAGAGAUGUUAAAAGAUAUUAAUCAGCCUGCUAUUUGGUCGAAAACUUGCUUUCUUAUUCGCUUUUGCAGGAAACUUCUUCAGCGAGCAAGACUCAACGCUUGUACACCAAGGGUAAGUUUACAAAAGAAAAUUAAACACAAGUAAGACAGAGACUAUGUACUUGGUGCGCCGGAAAAUGUGUUUUAAAACGCUAGAGUCGUGUGUAGAGAUGGUACAUUUUGAAAUCGGUCGUAAGAUAAAGAGGGGAAGGCAACAAAUUUUCAAGAGGAUUUGACAUGGUAAAAAUAUGAGCUCCUGCUUAAUGAUUUGGCGUCUGGAUGCUCUUUCAACUGUGCUUCAAAAAAUUCGUUUUCUACCCUGUAAACGGCCUUUGAGAUAGGCCAGUAAAAGUUCCGGACCAAUAUCAGUAUCUGGGCAACUGCCCACCUACCCCUCCCCUAACUUGAUAACUAGUUAAGGUUAAUGUUGGGUUAGGGGAGGGGUAGGUGGGCAGUUGCCCAGAUACUGAUAUUGAUCCAAAGUUCCUAAGUGACAACCGUUCUGAGACUACUCAGUAAAGAUGAAAGCUUCCUGUGUGGAGAAAGAAGGAAUUUUAGAAGAGCGACUUUUAGGAAAGAUCCAAGUUUCAAUUAGAAUAUAUUAAAAAUGGACAAUUUUUGUUACAUUGUAAUAGAUGGAGAUUUUUCUCCUUUUUUUUUUUUGCAGGUCAUGAUGAAAUCCAUCAAACUGGAAUGGGUGCUGAGGAGUCUUUCUGAGGUAAACAAAUCAAAUUCUUCAGUCAUGCUGAAUUGAUCUCAGCUUUUCAAUUAUUUUAUUUACUGUCAUCACUUUUUCCUUCAUUUUAUUUAUUAGGCGGAAAAACUCUUAGGCGAGGCUGUUCAAAAUUAUCCAGAUUUUGCAAAGGUAGGAGCCACCGUCAAGGUUAAUUUGCUUAUUCUAUUGGACCUAUAGCCAAAAUUUUAGAGACCGUUACUGUUCAUCAGAAAUUAGUGGUUUCUGUAAGAUUUGGUUGGCAGUUGCUGAGGUUUGAAUGAAAGCCGGUUGCCGUCGGUCUACCGUAUACCUCCUAUAAGACCUCUCCUGCACCCAGGUCCUCUGGACAGAAGGGUCACAGCCGCACAUUACACCAUCGGCAACCGCUGAUGGAAAGAGUUAUUGAAACCCCUGAGAUGUAGUAGUCGUAUCUUAAUGUGUGCGAAGUUUAAACCCACGAAAAUGUCACGGAAACAAAAGGACAAACAAACAAACAGCAAUGUGAGGCAGUGAAAUUUCAAAAAAUCAUGUGACUCACUGGGCGAAGUGCGGCAAAAUUUUUGGAAUCAAUUUGAAGUUGGGUUUGUCUUGUAGCGUUUCAUGAUUGGUUGAGUGUGCCGCGCGGUUUUUUUUUUUGUAACCAAUCACAAGGCAUAUUGGGCUAUCCAAGUCAGCAUUACCCUCAACAUUUGCCACAGCCCCGUUAUCGUGUUAUUGAUGAAAGUCUUACUUAACUGUCGUCGUCGUCGUCGUCGUCGUUGUUGUUUUUUCCUCUUUAUAAAUAAAGUUGUGGAUGAUGAAAGGACAAAUACAUGAAGAGUUGGAUCAGUUGGAUAAUGCGAGAGAAUCAUACAAACUGGGGGUAUGUCUUUAGUUUAUCGCUCACGCCAUGUUCUCUGUCCUUCUAUUUUAAAAGAAAAGAUCAUUGAAGGAUACGGAAUUAACACUUUACAUCCUAACAUCGGUAUGGAUAUUCCCCAUACUGUUUUCUAUACAUUUGCCAAGGUGCUGACAAGGAGAAUUUGUUUAUCAAUCAAGAGAAUAUUUAGUUGGUGAUCAUUUCCUUUUUUCUUAUGACCUCAUUGUGUGAUGCAGGGGUUAUACUGUUGGGAGAAAUUAGAUGCUCGUCACUCACGGGUCAAAGGAUUAAAUAAAUGUUUUUGGAUCUUUGCAGACCAAGAAGUGUCCUCACUCCGUCCCAAUCUGGCUAUUAUUGGCUAAGCUUGAAGAAAAUGCUGGUAUGUAGGGAUCAUAAUUUGGGUGCUGAAAUAUGAAUGACAUAAAGGAACUGCGAUAUAGAUUUUCUUAAACUAUAUUUACUUAAAUGGAGUGCAAUGUCUUGUAUUCCAGGGCACGCCACUAAAGCAAGAUCAGUGUUGGAACAGGCGCGACAGAAAAAUCCAAAGUGUGCAGAAUUAUGGUAUGACUGCGUUCCCUCUUCAUCAUUUUUGAUGUGAGAGUUUUCAAGCCAGUGAAUAGGGUAUCUCCAGCUUUAAGAACCUUCGUUUCCAAAUGAAGCUACGGACUAACCCUUAGAAUUAGAAAAUUUGAUUUAUUUAGUGUAGGAAAAAGAGGUUUUAGUUGGUAUAGGUGAUUGGUUGGGUUAGCCGGCAAAAAUCAACGAUGAAAACAACGGUACUGCAGUUUAUCUUAGGAGCUCUCUAACUGACUACACUCGUUUUGUGUGAGUGUUUAAACAUUGGGUCUCGAUAAAUCAAAGGAAAGUUUCUACAGGUCAUUUAGUUCAAAAUAAGUGGAAUGCUACUGAGCGUUUGGUGCGGUCAGAUCCAAAAACAGAAGCAGAUUUUAACACUGAAAUCUGUACAGCUCUCAGUUACCUAUUCGAGUUUAUCCUUGUUUCGAAAGAGAGGCUUUGGACGGUUUGAAAAUUACUCUUUUGAAGCAGUAGUGGCUUUAAAGAUCUUCUCGCGAGGAGAAUUACGAAUCAAAUUAUGUCGUUCGAAUUGAAGGAGCGCUGUGGAAUUCUCAUUUUUUCUGUCGUUUCUUCCAGGCUCGAAGCAGUUCGAAUCGAAACGAGAGGAGAACGAAGAGAAUUUGCAAAAACCUUAAUGGCCAAAGGUAUUGUUGUUGAAGUGACAUUAAUAAGUGACAUUAAUGUUCUAAUUUUUAUAAAAUUAAUAAGAUUACCUUAUUUCAUCAAAUACCGAAAUAUUAGCACGUCUGUAGGUCAACUUCAAAAUCAGUAUUUCUUUCAUAUGAUUUUCAAGUUCUCUUUUUUUUGUUUUUGUUUUUUGGCUGUGUUAUCGUAGACAUUACGCUCUAUGCUUCGUUUCAAUAUCCUUACAUUCGAUGUCCCUAAAAAGAAUAGAGAGAGAAAUCUUUGGGAGCGUGUGGUUCACCUCACCCUCGAUCUAAGCUGAUCACAAAAUCCUCCAUAACCUCUCUUUUAGCCAUGCAAGAAUGUCCCGCUUCAGGCAUUCUCUGGGCGGAAGCAAUUUUCAUGGAGAACAGGCCACAGAGGAAGACUAAAAGUGUUGACGCUCUCAAGAGAUGUGAACAUGAUCCACAUGUGCUGCUUGCCGUGGCUAGGUAUAAAAAUACAUCGAACACUGUCUUGUUUUAGUAUCUGGGCAAAACCACUAGCUUGUCUUCCAUCUUUCAGAUCAGCUUCUUUCAGCUCAUUUUACCACAGUUGAUGAAUAAUCGCACAAUUAUUUAUAUACCUUUGUGGAAAUUUGUACCGCAGCCAUUCCCUGGUUUUGAGCGGAAUUGUAUACGUAAUUUAGAUAUGUGAAUCGAUUCCACGUACAGAAUCUGCUCAAAGGUUCGUGUUAACUUCACGGAACGUUGGGGACAUUUUAACUGAACAGUUCGUAGUCUUGCGUGUAAUCUGACGAAACAACAUGGCGCCCUAAAUGAUCUGGACGCUUACUAUUUCUUGUUUGCCUUUUACUUUCCAACUUAUUGACAACCCUAGUAUCCUCUGCUGUGUCUUAAAUGUGCUUGAUAUUUCGUAGGUUGUUUUGGAGCGAAAGAAAAAUAAACAAAGCAAGAGAGUGGUUCAACAGGUAAGAAUUUGUUUCUUUUGCAAGUCGAAGUGUCCUUGGUCACACUCUCCGAAGUGGCAACCGAAGUCGGAAAUCGAUCUUAAGGAGGAAAUUUUCGUCUUGACGUGUUUAAAAACAUUUUAAGUAGGCUCUCACAAAACAUAAAUAGCUUCUCAUUCGAAGCACCCAUGAUAGCCAUGAGAGACCGAGAUUUUGUAUAUUUUUAAGUAAUAUUAUACUGUACGUAAAUUUCUAGAUUAGUUUGUAACUUUUAUUUGUCAAUGAACCUCAUUUUAUUGACUUGUACUGAAUUCAAAUACCGUUGGGUGAUUUUACAAAUUAUUUUGUUUAUUAUUUCACAUUUUAUUAGUUAAUUGUAGGACCACAUCAGCCUCAUGGCUGCCACUUUUGUAACCUGUAUCACUAAAUAAAAUGAUUGAUUGAUUGAUUGAUUGAUUGGGUGACAACGAACUUAAAACUCCAAGUCCCCAUAAGGAAUGGAACUCUGGACCUUCGGACUUCGCUCUCCGAUGCUCUACCACUGAGCCACAGAGACUCAGUGGUGAGCAGAGUCAGUACUUUUCCUCAGUCCGAGCUUGUAAAUAUAUACCUUAGUUUCUAUGUUUGUACUUUAAUUUGUCACGUUUUUUUAGUUCUUUUCUUUUUUUUUUAAUCAAAGUAUUCUUGUGAUAUUUUUCACAGAGCUGUCAAACUCGACCCAGAUCUCGGCGACUCGUGGGCUUGUUUUUACAGAUUUGAAUUGCAACAUGGAACAGAGGUCUGUUUUAUUUUGAUUUUAGCUGUCAAUUACGUAAAUGUUUAAUUGAUAAAAUCAAUGCUUUCUAUUCGUUUUUGUUUCUUUAACAUCGGAGAUACAUCCCUGUUAAAGUUUCAACUCCAUUUAAUUUUCAUUUGUAGUCUCUUUUGUAAUUACUACUUUUCUAUUCUCUGUGUAAUUUCUGUUUGUCCGCUAGUUUUAGUCAACAGGCAAAAAACCGGGCACAAUGGAUACACUGUUGAUAAUCACUAUAAGUGUUAUAAAUAUCAUUAUUUUCUCUUUUGAAGUCCUCGUGAAGGAAAACAAACCUUGCACGAAAAACUUUUAAUUUGAACGGAACACCCACCAUUUUGGCACACAACACACAUCACUCUCCAAAAACAGGUGCAUCCAUAAUUCAUAUCGACUUCCGUUCUACACAAGAAGGGAUUUAAAUUCUUGUCAUGAAAACUUCAGGUGGCGCUUCUUGUUCAGACUGUAAACGGUGAAGGAAUGGUUUUUGUAGAUGGCCUGAGAUUUAUAUUGGAAGCUGACCCAAAUGUGAAAGCCAAAGCAAUUUUCGUUGACAUACAUGCAUUCAUGUGGAAGGGAAUUUUGUAGUUGAUCCAAGAAUUAGUGGGCUUAAUUUUUUAUUAAUUAGCGACUGUUUAAGUAAACUUCCUCUUAAUGAGUAAAACAAAGUAAGGCUUCGAGUUUCCAGACAGAAUUGAUAAUAAGUACCUUUAUAUCGGUAAAUGUGAAAGACAAUGACUUCGUUGUACGUUCUUAUAUAUUAUUUUUCUGUUUUUAAAUUUUUUUUUCAGUUGCCUGCCAACAUUAAACAGUUGCGGCCAAAAUGUUUGUGUUUUAUCAAUCACGUUUUGGUCUUUGGGGAGAAAAUUGCGAAAUAAUUGUGGCUUUGAAGAGAUAUGCACUAUAUUCAACUCGAAUCGUAACUAGAUCCGACAGUUUUUCACGCUGCGCACUGUUGAAAAUGGCGUUUUCAACGGAAAGCUUUCAGAGUUGUUGAGUUAUGUUAUGAAUAUGUGGGCGGUUUCUGGAAAGAUAGAUGGCUGACUUUAAUAUCGUAUUGUUUCCAUUGUCAGCGUAAUCGCUACAGGAGGUAGUCACGGGGAAUAAUGUUUACCCAGCUCGUGCAAUUUAAACCGCAGUUUUUGUUUCUUCACAGCAGGUAGAGGCACGAUAACUUAAGCGGUGGUACUUUAAACCGCGCGCGACGCCCACGAAUUACACCCACGCGAUUUGUUUAUUUUCAGUGGUUAGCAUGCCGCUAUGGCUUGUUACUCCCACGCAUCACGCCUACAUGAAACGCCCACGUGCUGAAAUGUCGUCAUUUGUUCUGACAUCAAUAUUAUUCAUGCUGAUUUCCCAAACUUGGAGUCCUUAUCUGAUCUAGACUGUGGGUCGCUCGCAUUUCAAACAGUGUCAAGAGCUCUGAGUUAAUACUUUGACUUCAAAAAAUAGAUUUUUGUUUUCUUACAUUACUGCAAGAUUCAAGCUGGUCCUUUGUGUUAGAAUUAAAACUAACACUGGUGCAAGAUAAGAAAAGUUUCCUCCGAGUUCAAUACAGUGACAUGCUCAAGCGAUUAAUCGUAUAUUACUUCUUAGGCAUUAAACUGUUUAAGGUCGUGUUAAUACUUUUAAGAUAUUUGCGAUCACUGAUAUUAGCUGAGGGAUAUUUUUACUUUAUAAUCACUGAUAGCUGCAUUGUGUCUUUGAUCGCAGCGGUAACAAUAUCUGCUCUGUAAAUACGCGAGAAUUGUAGGGCAGUACUCAGUAUUUUGUUUUCUUUUGAAAAUACAGAGUUAAUGAUCUUUCGUCAACGUUAUUUGAAAUAUGUUUUUUUGCUGAGAAGCGUUUAAUUUAGGGGCUUCUUAUAAACUUGGACUUGAUUUGACGAAUUUCUCCAUUUCCUACGGCUAAGGAAUUAAUUCCAGUAAAAAUUGUUGAAUAUUUUUCAAAUUGAAGAUAGAGACAUGAAAUGUUGCGGUCCGGAAUAUUGAAUAUUUCAUGCUCACAUGAAAUGUACGUCAUCAAAUAAAUCAGUUAUUCAACGUACAAUCAAAAUAAACAGACGAAGAUUAUUCCAGUUCAAUUUCAACCAUUGUUUUUAGAAAUUGCUACAUCCUGUGUGGCAAAAUUCCUCUCAAAAUUCAAACAUUGGGUACACUAUUUUUGAAUUCUGAAAUUUCGUUUGUACAAAGUAGGGAAGCAGAACUUUUGUUUAGUAACACUAAACAAGCCUCGAACGUAUUUGUUAUAAAUUUGGAAUUAUUCGCGGGAACUAUCAGACUUCUUUGUUUCCCAAAUCUUAAUCUUGUUGUUGAUUAAUUUCUUUUCCUCGUCCAGGCUCAACAAGAGAGUGUUAUGCAACGGUGCGUGCUGGCCGAGCCUCAUCAUGGGGAGAACUGGUGCGCGGUAUCCAAAGCUAUUCCAAACUGGAGGCUCCGAACCAAAGAUAUUCUGGUUAUUGUGGCUAAAUCGCUGAAAUCCAUUGAGAAGGAAUAACGGUAAUGAAGUGUAGAUAGGUAACAUGAUGUGGUGCGAAGUCCUGGAUGGAUUGAACAAUUCAUCGCUCGUGUAGACUGCUAUUUAGGGAGAGAUCUCUUCAAGAACGACGCACCGCACGCGCGUGUUUGUAAAUACACGCGUGUGUAACUCGCGGAAAGACCGACCUUACAACAGACUGUUGUAUACUAGUAACUCUUGUUAAAGGGAGAAAGGCACAUUUUCACUCACUUUAAGAUAUCAACGACAACGUUCUUGUUUUUGCAUCAAUAUUACGACAGAAUUCUCUUGUUCUCUUGUCACCACCUCUGGGUUUUGUUAGACUCAUGUAAGACUCAGAAUGAAAAAGGACUUGUAGUCUCAGGUCUUCUUUAAAAGUAGCUGUUUGAUAUACUUUUUAUCAAAGCUAGAAAUGCGAAACAUCAGAUUUUAUGGUACCUACCAUAUUUAUUACUCCCAAGUUUUCUUCAAUCUUUUCGACAAGUUUUCUUCAUAAUUUAGGAUGGAAAAAAAUGUGGUAUUUUUCCUUGACAGACCGCUCGCCUCUAACUAACUUGCCAGGUUUGUAACGAAAAAAAUCUUCUAAAAGAAAACAAUUGCUUGUAAGGACUCCUUUCAAAGAAACUGUGACUGAUUUUCGAGGGGAAUUAUAUUCCAACAAGUUUGAUUUGAUACUAUUGGCUUGAAUUUCUUAUACUUUUAUUAUGAAUACUUUAUGUUUACUUCUUUUUUCGGUGAGCGUAUCUUUUUUUCUGAUUUUAAAACGUAUUUCCUACUUCGUCACUGACGCGAAGUUGUCUUGGGGUUAUGAAGCGCAUAGAUACUUUGACGCUGUUGUUAGUAGUUUUUGCUCUGCCAUCUGCUCUUUGCAGGAACAUGUGUACCGUAUGAUAUUACCCAGACCAAUUUAUUAACUGACUCUAUGUAAUAUAAGCUCAUGAAAUGUGUAUUUUAUAAUGCGCAAUAAAGUCAUGAAAAUUAUGAUGGAAAAUUAAGAUGAUGUCUGAUAGAUUCCUGCCAGAUGCUACCAAUAUGAACCAGGCUUUAUUAGUGAAAAAAAAUACGCUAGGGUAAACCAAAACUGCAAAAAGAGGCCGGCAUCUUUUAUUUAAAAAUUUACGUUCUAUUGUGGUACGUAUUAUUUUUCCUCUCUUUUCUGUUAAUGGGAGUCGUUGAUUUAAUUAGAACUUUCGAUGCAGUGUUGUUUGAUGUUUGUUCUCGAAAGAAAAGAAUGAAAUAUUUGCCCUGCUUGCCAGACCGAAGAACUCUUUUUGUUUUGAUUAAGGAAUUAAGAAACAUGAAUAAAAACAAUUUUUAUUGUUCUCCACCUUGAUUUUUAUCAUCGUUACAAAUUGUGUUAAUCGUUCCUGAUUUGUAAUGCUUUGUUCAACGUCGCUCGCCAGUGUUUGUGAUAUCGAAGCCCCGGCCUGUGUCGAUAAGAUCUGUGCGCUUCAAAAUUGUAUGGAAAUAAAAACACAAUUGUUAAGGGUAUUACGACUAGGGAAACACCAAAAUGUAGCCGCCAUCUCUUAAUUGCCCGACAAAAUGACAAAAAAUAUUAAUAAAAAAUCAGCCCUAAUCAUCUGUGGUGAAGUGUUUGUGUCGAGAGAAUACAGGGAAAUUGUCUAGCAAGCUCUGGCGGGGAAUCUUUUCAUU